AGUUAAGCUCGUGGUAACACGUUAUUUUCAUUUCAAUCACUUUAUAAAUUAUAAUGCAACAAUCAGACGAACAAGAUUUUAGUAAAACCAAUACCACUAAGACUUCAUGGACACCGCUAUUAAGACAGGUGUUUGUAUGCAGUGGAGUAACAAUAAACUUUUUUAUUUAUGGAUUAUUCUUUGGUGCCCCGACAGUUUUUGUUCCGCAAAUACGGAAAGAAGCAAAUUCAACAGAAUUCAUUAGCAUGGAAACAGCAUCUUGGUUGUUGUCAAUCUCCAGCUACGGGUCUCUUCCCAUGACUUUAAUGUUUCCCUUUAUUGCAGAAAGAUAUGGGAGAAAAGUACCAUACGUUAUUUUAUGGCUUAAUACGUUAGUAUGCGUUUCUUUGUUUUAUUUCAGUACAAGUGUUACUGAACUUUUAAUAAGUGGGUUUUUACAAGGAAUGUACCCUGCAGCACAUUUGACGGUCGCUAUCAUGGUUCUCACUGAAUAUACGUCUCCCAAGUAUAGAGGCAUAUUAAUCACUUUUAAAGCUGCAACAUUUUUUUGGGGUAUAUGGAUUUCAAACGCUAUUGGAACAUUUUCUCAUUGGAAAAAUAUUGGUAUAUUGAUAUUUGUUUGCUGUAUCUGCAAUGUGAGCUCAUUAUUCUGGCCCGAGUCACCUGUUUGGUUGGCCACUAAGGGACGUUUUGAAGAGUGUGCAAAAUGGCAUCGCUGGCUAAAGGGAAAUGAUACAAAUUCUGAGGAAGAACUUCAAGAACUCAUGUAUUCACAAAAAGCGAAUUUAAGACGAAAACAAGAAGAUCAAUCAGACAGACAAAAUAACUAUUUUAUUAAAUUGUGUAACUCCAUAAGAGCUAAAAGUUUUUAUAAACCGUUAAUAUUUUGUCUACUAACAAUAUGCCUUUAUCAUUUUACUGGAAAGUUGGCUUGUACAGGCUAUGUUAUAGAUAUUAUUAAAACCAUCACUGUAAAUGAAUGGACAGCAUACGAAGGAAUGCUUGUGUUAGAUGGUGUUACAGUGCUUGGAAUGUAUAUUGGUGUUUUCCUUAAUAAGUUGCUAAAACGACGAACAUUGUUAUUAGGCUCAGCAUUCAUAGGAGUAAUAUUUUUGUUUCUAUUGUCAACCUAUUUAUAUUUGGUACAUUUGAAUGUCAUUUCAGAAAACAAAUACUUAACCUUAUUCAUUUUGACGGGCUUUUCAGUAGCCAUAAGUUGCGGUCCCAUGAUAAUGUGCAUGUGCCUGGCGAGCGAACUAACCCCUUUGAAAUGUAGAAGUUUAUUUUUAGGCAUUUACGCAUUAUUAAAUAAUGCCGUUAUGGCUACAGUGUUAAAAAUUUUUCCUUACACAUUUAAGUAUUUAAACUCACACGGAUCAUUUUUAUUCUACGCUAUAUCGACGUCAAUAUUUAUCUUUAUUCUUUACAAGGUACUGCCUGAGACAAAAAACAAAACGAUUUUAGAAAUAGAAAAAUGUUUUGCAGAUAAGAGCAAUGAUUUAAAUGAAGAGAAAAAAUUAAUGAAAAAAUAUCUCCACCACUAA